ACCCAAAAUGUCACAGUCCUAUCCGUGCUACAAACCCGAUGUGCUACAGGACAUCCUUAAAGCCAAGGAGAGGGGCACAGAAGCAUAUAAAAAGGGACAGUAUGGAGCGGCCUCUGCGGAGUACUCGAAAGCAAUUGCGAACUUCUCCACUGCACCGAUACCAGUCGAUCCCGAAUCUACAACCGAUCCUAAGGCGGAACCGACCGUUCUCUUAGGCACCUUGAAAUCGAACCGCUCUGCCAGUUAUUUCAAUGAGAAAAAGUACGAGGACGCUUUGAAGGACGCAGACGACGCCGUACGAUUGCGACCUGAUUGGGCUAAGGGGUACUUUCGGCGAGCAGAGGUAUAUAGAGUGCUCGCUCGACAUUCAGACGCACUGGAAGCGUACGAAGCUGCCCAUCAAAGGGAUGUUAGAGAUAGGCUAAUUCUGGAAAGGUUAACAAAAACUAAGAUCAUCCUCAAAGAUGCAUCAAUGGGAGUGGCGCUGCACCAGUUGGCACCCGGAAGAGAUCUGUGUCAGAAGUCCUUCAUGACCCCUAUACAAAAUAUGAUUUUCGAGUAUGCCGUACAGAUGAGGAACUUUAUUUAUCUCGUUGAGAAUUUGGCAAGCAAAGAAUGCCUUGUAGUGGAUGCGUGCUGGGAUAUCGAUGGUAUAAUAAAGUUCGCGCAGAAGCGAGGUUUGAAGAUUGUAGGAGCAAUAGCCACACACUAUCACGUAGAUCAUGUUGGCGGCCUCCCACCACCACCAUUCGACCGCUACCGUGUGAGAGUAGACGGAUUAGCAAAGCUCCUCAAAAAGCUACCAAAGAUCAAGGCAUAUGUCAAUCCGGCUGAUAUUCCUGGCAUAUUGAAAGCAAACCCGGAAAUUCCCCAGGAUCGGUUUUCCCAUACCGAGGAUGGAGGGACCUUGUGUCUACCAAUGUCUCUGAAUAUUGGCUUGGGAGGAACAGUGGGCGGUCAAUCAGAUCAUGUCUCUGACGGGCGAAGUACUAUAAUGCAGUUUAUUCACACGCCCGGCCAUACACCGGGGUCACAAUGCGUUUUGAUUAACGGAUGUAAAUUGUUAUCCGGCGACACUUUAUUUAUGGGAGCUUGUGGACGCGUUGAUUUCCCAGAUUCCGAUAGAGAUAAAAUGUACCAUUCUCUGCAGCACAAGCUCGCCACGUUACCCGAUGACGUGAUCGUGUAUCCCGGGCAUAAUUAUGGCGGAGAGAUGACUACGAUAGAAAACGAGCGAGAGCAUGGGCUGUUGAGACCUAAGUCAAAAGACGACUUUUUGAGGGAGGUUUCAAACACAUGAAUUUGUGAUUUAGUCGGAUAGCGGAUGUAUUUAUUUAAUCAGUCAAGAAGUCCCAAUUUUGGAAUAAUGGAAUAAAGAGAUAUCUUCAGUGGCCCGGCACAA